CCCCAGCUCGCCCAUUUUCCUCCCCCCCCCCGGAACAUCACCAGUCAAAGGCGCAGACGUCCACCAACACCACCACCCUACGCCCUCUCUCUCUCUCACUCUCGGCCUCCCCAGGACAAACUCCAACUCUCCAAAGUCAUCCAAGCUACCUUCCCCCUCUCACCACACCCGUGGCCUUUGUCCCUCUGUCUACCUUUUUCUUUUUACUUACUUUUCUUCCUGCGCUUUCGUAUUUCUCCUACUACACCUUUAAUUCCAUGCAACCUGCUACAAAACCAUCUCAGGCCAUGCGCCGUUGAUCGAUAUUCCCGAACCCAAAGCAAACAUGUUUGGAGGUUCGCGAAGGCACCGUCAGGCCAAUCAGCCAUUGACCGCCGCAACCGCAAACCCUAAUGCUGCUACUGCAGCUGCCUCAGCAUUCGCGCGACGCGCAUCCAGCUCGUCUCUGUCAUCUGCCGCCGCCGCCGCCGCUUUGCGAUCACGACCUACGACGCCCAUCAAUGUAGCCGAAGUACAGACAAAGCGAACACAAAGGCGCAGUCGAUCCGUCUCGUCGCAGCGAAGCCAGGAUUUUCAACGGGACCUGCACCGAUCGCCUAGCCAGAGCUCCAUGACCGAACGCACCUUCCGCUCGCCUUCACCACACCGAACACCAGUGGCUGCUGCUGCCGAUGCGCCGCCGGUCCCGAACAUCCCGGACGACGUGCGAUCCAUCACGAGCCAGAGCUCCUCCCACAAGAGGUCGACGAGUCUACAGAUGCAGCCGUUCCGCGUAGCGAGUCAGAAGAAACAAGAUGGCGCCGGAUCGUGGUUUGGGGCCGCGCACGAGGGCAACUUGGCCAACGUGAGAACGUCGGAUGCCCAAAUGCGCGUCGCCUCUCCAGAAUCUCGCCCGGGAGCUCGAUUUGUCUCACCCCGCCGAACAGAAUCGGCAGCGUCGCGCAACACUACGGCGUCGGAAACCCAAUCACUCGUUUACGACCCCAAUUCAAGGAGGAUGGUUCCUAGGGUGAACCUGCUGGUAAGCGAACAGAAAGUUCGGGAUGCUGCUGAGAAACCCGUCAAGAAGUCAAAACACCAGCAAGAAUUGUCUAGAAGUGGUUCCCACUUGGCCAAAGGUACAAUGGGUAGAGCGCAAGGCACUGCGGUACCAACUGAUGAGUCUUCGCCCACGCCCACGCCCGUACCGGCAUCGGCACCAGCCCAGAAGCAACAACCGCAAGUUCGGGUUCCCACCGGCGCACCUGAACAACAAAAACAUUCUCAAGUCGAGAGGACUAUGCCGCCGAAGACUGUACCGACGCACCAGCAACCGUCUCCAUCACCUGUCGUAACCACCAAACAGCCUUCUCAACGUGAAUCUGAACCAGCUUACGCACAAUCGGCAGCCCAACCCGAGGUAGAGCAGCCGACUGUGCAGGAUGUACGUAAAAGUGAUGGCGCUACGAUUCUACCGCAUUCGGAACCCCGCCAAGGCGCUCCCAUACUAGGAAGGAAGCCUUCUAUGGUGAAGGAGGAAUCCGAGGACGACCUUGAGGACUCCUACGAGGCCGAAGCCGAGCAAUCGGCAGUGCGCCACGAUGUUUCUGAUGUUCUUGAUGCAGUACCCGUGAGGUCCUCCGCGCCUACAAAGCAACCAACGCUGUCAUCCGAAAGCACAGCUGUCGAAGCUCCAGCACAGAUGUCGUCUCAAAGGCAACCCAGCCCUCCACAGCUUAAGCAGCAUGGCAGUAUCAGGAACGGACGUGCGCACUCAAGCAGUCCUGCACGAUCAGCCCGCUUUGCAUUAGGCGCAGAUCAACUAGCCAUCAGGCACGAGCCUCCUCCGCGAUCCGUCUCUCCUCGAAAGUCCGCCAUGAAACACUCAGUCAGUCCAUCUCGUGGUGCCUCGCCGUCAGACGAGGGCUCUGAAGCGUCCGGGCCAAGCCGGUUUGGUAGUGAGGCCACCGCAGUGGAGGCGCCGAUGCCGCGUAAAAAGAGCGUACGGGUCAGCUUUGACGAUGAGAACACCAAGGUCGUAGGACAAUCUGCUGCAAAGCCUGAGCUGGAUUCACCUCUUCCUCUGAGUCCUCAGAACACGAAGAGACAUUGGUACAAUCACCUGGGUAGAAGCCGGAAGAAAGAUGCGGUUGCCCUCGAUGAGGACGAGGUCAUGCAGCCGCGACCGGCACUGCCGACAUUCGGCAGCGUCCGUGAGAAGAUGCCGCGGGACAGUGAAGAGGAGCGGCCGCUUGUCCGGCCCACUGAAUCGCCGACGACAUCUGGUCCAGAUACCCCGGAACGCACACCAGACCGGUCGAUCCCACUUGGUCAGUCCAACGACCAUAAUGUUGGCUCCAUUCUCCAUCUUCAAGAGCAGACGGCUAGGAACCCUGCAAACAUAUCGAGAUUCAGAGAGCCAUUGCCGCCCGUGGUAACGUCGAUGGAAGGGAGCGGCUAUUAUUCGCCCAGCAGCACGAGUUCUGAGGACGAAGACGAGACGGAAGUUUUCCAAGAUUCAGAGGUUAUCCAGGAGCCCGCGCCAACGUUGCCUCCUGCUCAAGUCAAGGAGGAGAUCAUUGCCGACCAUCCUGAAUUGGUCGACCAGCCACAAUAUUCGACAGAUCCUGUUCAUGAGAAUCACGCCGAACGGCAAGAAGACUUCGUCCCUUCCAUCUCCGUUAUCCAGCCGACACCGACUCCCAGAGAGGCAGUUACCAACGGUCCGGCCAGCCAGUCAGGUCCAAGUUACUUUGACGUACCGGGAGGCUUCCCAAAUGACGACAGCGAAGACAACGUCGUGCAUGCCCACGCUGUGCCUCGCACAGAUGUGACAAAGCACGAUCAGCCGACAACGACUGCAGUGUCCAAUGGCACAGUCAAGGCACCCGUAAAGGCUAUUCCUCACUCUGUUCCCACCGACGAAUCUGCGUCCGAAGGCGAUAGCAUCUACAGUGACGCAUACGAAGACCUAUCAGAUAUCGACGGCGAUGGAUUCAUGUCUCUCGACGCCGUCGUCGCAUCACCUGUUUCUGACAAGGUCUCUCAGAAGCUCUACCAGAAAGCUCUAGCAGACUCGCAUCAGGAGACUGCUCGCGACGCUGACAUCUCGGGAGCACACCACGCGCCUGAGGUUUCACAAGCGUCAAGCAGCUCGCAGCAACCAGAGGACGAGUGGGAGAAGGCUAAGCUCUACUGGAAAGGACUGACAAGCGAUAAGCGAAAGCAACUUGAGCAGGAGGCGUUGGAGGAAGCUGGGGUCGAAGGCGAUCUCGAAGAGGUCACUCAGCCCGUGAAACCCAAGAGGAAGAAGUCUGUUCGCAAGAGCGACCCAGUUGAACAACAGCAGGCCUCUAUCAACCCCGAGCGCGUUUACCAAAUUCAGCCUGGAACGAGAGCCCCCGACGAAGAUGAUGAAGCAGAGCCUCCAAUCGCUAUUCGGAAGACUAUGCGAGGACGGCAGGGUCAAGAAGCCGCGCCAGUUAAUGGCAGACUUCAGAAGACAAUGCGUGGUGCACCGACUCAGCCGUCCGCCGCCACGAAUUCUGGCAUGCGAAAGUCGAUGCGAUCGGACAAUCAAGCUCCUCAAAGCUCUCAUCAGGCACAAGCUGCGGCUGCUGGAGGUAUGAGAAAGUCUAUGAGACAGAAUGGCUCAUCACAAUCAGGGCCAGCUCCCCAGCAACGAGCAAACUCGGCAACACUGGCCAGUCGAGAUGUUCGCUCCAAGCACCUUUCUAUGGAGAGCAACAUGUCCAGCGUAGAGAUGGCGAAAGCCAUGCAGGCAGCAAUGCAGUCGACACCUCGUCGACGCGGGUCCGAUUCCAGCGAGACCAGUUUCCGACGGUCUCGACCAAAGCAGGAAGGAUUUGGCUUCCGAAAAUCGAUGCGAUCUAACGGAGAGGUCGAGCAGGCCGCAGCCGGUAGGAACUCGCGCUUCAGCCUCCGGUCAAUGUCCCCACCUGCGUCACCGUCUCAACCACCGAUCAGCAUGGGCAAUCGUACAACUAUGCGAGGCACGUUGCGAAGUGAUUCGAGCGACGGAAGCACGCGUCGCAUGCGCUUGCCGUCUUUCGGCAAGUCAUCUACGAAGAAGGUGACUGGAAAACCUGGAAAGAGCCGCUUUGGCGACUCUAGCGACGAAGAAGAUGCUGGGCCCUCUGGAUUCCGCAGCCGGUUUGUCGACUCUAGUGACGAAGAUGAAAAGACAGCGCCUGCACCCGCGCCGCACAACAUGCCCAAGAGCAUGCGCGCAUCAAGCUCUGCUGCGGCGGCUGCAAUGAAGGUUCCUCCUCCGCGAUACGACGAAAAGGCAGAAGAUUCUCCGGACCUGCCUGACAGCAGUGACGAGGAGGCGCCACCGCCACCUGUUUUGCAGAAGCCCAAAUUAUCUCCUAGAAAGGUUUCUGGCGCUAGCGGCCGCCUGGUGAAGUCUCAAUCGGACGGUCAUGGUUUGCCGCCUCCCGGAUCUCCUCGUGGAGGGCUUAUGGAGUCAUCCACAGCCCCUACUGUUAGCACCAGACCGAAUCACGAACGCAGAGGCAGCUUCCUCUCUAUCCUUCGGCGCAGAAAGGAUUCCGAUGCCGGGAAGAUCUCUCGACCCGCCGCCGCCGAGAGCGGUGCUAGGAUGGAUACAAAACUCGAGCGCAGCGCCUCGGAAAUCUCGGCUCUGCGUGGCACAAAUGGGUCGAAGCUCCAGAAGCUGCCCAUGGAGAAUUGGCCGCUCGUCGAGGAGAACUUUGACGACGAGAAGCGGCCCAUGACGGCUGAUAACAACAAGCCUGUGGACGCAUCCAGGCCGACGUUCAUGAAGCGCCGGAGCACCAACCAGGUACUUACCUCUGGGUACCAAGAAGACCAAGGGAGCGUCCAGUUGGAUCCCUCGGGCAAGAAGAAGAAGAAGUUUGGCACGCUCAGGCGGAUGUUCAAGCUUGAUGACUAGUCGUCUGGGGUAUGCUGUUAACCUGGCCUCCCCAACACUACUUACACUGGCCAUCACACAAAGCCCUCAUUCUCAACUUUUUGUGAAUUUUCCUCUGUUUUGGCAUACGACACCCAAAGAAAGUUUGGUCGCUCAGCACCUUUCACUUUAACUUAAUAAUGGGCCAGCUCGUCUACCCAAGAAGCGGACUGGCUUCCUCACUCAUUUUUCUUACAUUCAAAAGUCACAAGUGGGAGCGGGCGUUUUGAAGGAGGCUUCUGGCAUAGAGCAUGUGCGAAAAGGAGUCAACCAACUGCUGCUUCCGUACCACAACACACACACUUACAACAAGCUUUUACUCUUCUUUCGUUAUUUGUACGUGCAUGAGAAGAGCGCCGCUUUAUGAGAAGCGACUUCUGUUUUCCAACAAUGAGAAAACGUGAUUUGGGGGAUACGGGGAGGAGGAGUACCACGCACACCACAAUGGAGGGCUACGAAACGAGGGUGGAAGAGAAUGGGAUAUGUACAAGCACCGCGGACUUGAUUUCUUUUUAUUAGUUUUCUUGUCUAUUAUGAUACCAAACAAUAACUACGGGG